UGUCUGUCAGUGCGUAUUAAACCUCGCAGGUGUAUCGUCGGCUUUUGUAUCUCCAAAUUUUUAAUGUUUUCGCGACAUUGGUCAUUCCAAAAUCGUUGCAAAUAUUGUUGUUAAAUCAGUUGACCUGAAUUCGUGAAAUGGGCCUAUUAUCACUACUUCGAAAGCUAAGACCAAAUCCUGAAAAAGAAGCUAGAAUAUUAUUGUUGGGACUGGACAAUGCGGGGAAAACGACUAUAUUGAAACAGCUGGCCAACGAAGAAAUUACAACGGUUACUCCGACUGCUGGUUUCAACAUCAAAUCUGUAUCUGCUGAUGGUUUCAAACUAAAUGUUUGGGAUAUUGGUGGCCAAUGGAAAAUUCGACCAUAUUGGAAAAACUACUUUGCGAAUACAGAUGUUUUGAUUUAUGUCAUAGAUUGUACUGAUCGGGAAAGAUUGGGAGAAACCGGAAACGAGCUUUUCGAAAUAUUAAUGGACAACAGACUUAAACAAGUGCCGCUUUUAAUUUUCGCUAACAAACAGGAUUUACCAAAUGCAAUGACCUCUUCAGAAGUUGCGGAAGCAAUCGGCCUGGUUCGCUUGGAGGAACGUACUUGGCAAAUAAAAGCAUGUUCAGCAGUGGAGGGAACGGGAAUUAAAGAGGGAAUGGACUGGGUAUGCAAGAAUAUGAAAAAAUAAGAUAGCCCUUUGUUAACUCCUAAAUUAUUAUUAUUGGCUAUACGAUAGCCCUAGCACACAUUAACCAUUUUAUUGCAUUAUAUUUCGAGUUAUAUCACCUGUAUUUAUAUAUAAUAAAUAAAUUUUAAAUAUGAUGUGAUUAA